UUUCUUCACUUCAAUAUAAACCAGUAAAAUAACUAAAGUGAUUAAUUAUUGUCAUUAAAUUAAAUUUAUUGUUUUUGUACUUGUGUUCUUAUUAAAAUUCCGAGACAAAUAAAAGAUGAAAUAUUUAAUUAUAAUUAUUUAUUUACUCAAUGUUAUUAUACGAGUACAUUUACAACAGUUCAAUUAUUCAAAUUCGACAAUAGACCAUUCGUCACAAUCAAAAUGCUUUCAUCAAGACUAUAUAGACUGUUCUGAUGUCAUGAAUUCAAAUAAUUGUCCAUGUAAAAAAAUCAAAUUUUUAUCAGAUGAAAUUGAACAAAGGGAUGCAAUUUAUUGCUGCAAUUUGAAUUCAGACAUACUUGACACUUCUCUUGAUUGUGCAAAUUUUUCAUCAAAUAUUUAUGAUCUCCAUAUAAGAAAUGCGACUAUUGACGUAUUAGAUAUAAGUGGAGUAAAAUGGAAAAAUCUAAAAUCACUGUCAAUAACUGAUGGACGAAUAAAUCGUGUUGAAGGUCAAUUUCUUAAUGAUACAAAAAUUUAUUGUUUGAAUUUAUCAAACAAUGCUCUUACAGAUAUUGAGAAUAAUUUUAUGACACAAUUAAAUUAUUUAAAGCAUCUUGAUUUAUCUUACAACAAUAUUACUCAUUUACCAGCAUUAAAUGAAAAACUUCAUACAUUGGAUAUUUCUGGAAUAAAUACAAUUUCAUGCACGGAAAUUGCAAAUACUAUAGAUACAAAUAAAAAUUAUUCACGGUGGUUAUCGUUUAUUCACAGAAAUAAAAGUGUUUGCUCAGCUUAUAAUAACUAUGUCUGGUUUAAUGAAACUGAGCAAUUAUCACUCGAAGAACUUCGACAUAUUGAAAAUCUCCUUUCAAAAUGUCCAAGAGGUGAAAACUGGCACUGCAAAUGUAAUUUUAACAGAAUGGUAUCAUUUGCAAACAACGUAUCAGUAAGAACUGUCGAUGUUGAUUGCAGCAGUAACAAUUUGACUGAAUUACCUAAAGAACUUCCUCCUUAUACAGUUACUCUCACUGUUACUAAUAAUAGCAUUGAUAAAUUAGAUGAAAUCAUUACCAAUCCAUCCUAUCAUUACUUACAACACUUGUACGCUGAUUAUAACGAAAUAUCAUCAAUAAAUAUUCUCGAAGGAUCAAAAUUUGCAAACACUUUUUAUUCUCUUUCUCUCCGUUUCAACAAACUUAAGUCAAUCCCGACUUAUAUUUUGGUACCGAAACAAUACAACGACUCAGAUGAAGUGAAUAGUUUUAUAAAACUCGGUGGAAAUGAAGUAUUUUGUGACUGUUAUGCAGCGAGAUAUCUCAAAGAUUGGCUUCUAUUAAAUGUUAUUGAUGACGAUCAAGUUUAUUGCAAAAAUUGUCUAGACCGAGUAGUUGAUUUAGAUGUAAAGCAAAUGUGCAAAUUUAAUAAUGAUCUGACUGAUUAUAUUUAUUGCAUUAUUACAAUUGAAGUAAUUUUACUAGUAACUGUAUUGACUAAGUUUUUUUUCGAUUAUUGGUACUACAAAAAAGAAGGUAAACUUCCUUGGUUUUCAAAAGUAAUACCGAAGUCACGUUUCGACUGGUUUUUUGAAAUUCAUUUGUAGUUUAUUUUAAUUAUUACUAAGAACUUUAUAAAUAUUUUUAACUGCUGGCUGCCAUAUCGCCUUCUACUCGAGUAAAUAAAUAGACACGCAGACUGGAAUCUCUUACUUUCCUUCUAUGGUGUGUAAUAUACUAUUUUGACGUUGCUGAUAAUGAAACUCUGUUCCAAUUCAGGUAAUCAUGAAAAAUAUUGUGUAUAACUCAUCCUGAAACACGAUUUUAAACUGCGGGUGAUGUCAGCCUGCCUACGACUCGGGACAGCCAACUACCCUGGUCUGAAAUCAUCUUUUUACAUCCUUGAUUACACAAUAUACUAUUAAGUAUUUUUGUAGCUGUCCCACAACAGUUACUCAAUAAAAAAAAUAUGUUUAAUUUGUAAAUUCAUGUAACACGUAAUUAAUGUAUCAAAUUU